GUUUGGGAGAUACACAGAUCACAAUGAAAAUCCUGUUGGUCAGCCUUAUGGCCGCAUGGCUGGGAAUAUCGAACGCAAAAGUUCUUUUUAUUCAUGUUCCAAGGGUAUUCGGAAACCAAAACGAUCCUGUUGUUCAAGAGUAUUACGAAGAUGCUUGUCGUAACUGCAGUCUGAGCGACAUAGGACGAUUCUACACUCACGGCAAAGCGUGCAACAUGUACAUGUUUUGUUUACAGUUUGGGCCUUCCAGCUGGCUGAUGUUUGGCUAUCUGACACCUGAGGGUGCAGUAUUCAACGACAGAGGUCCAUUUAUGGAAAGAAUGUUUCUACAAGACGGCGAAAGACCGAUUCCAAAUCGUCAUGGUUGUCCCGCCAGGGUUGGACACCCCUGUGACACGGGGAUGAAGAUGCCCAUCAACCAGGACCCCUGCAGUGGAUACCAGACCUGUUCCAAUAACGUGAUAGUCAAGACUAGAUGCAACAGCCCGUACAGUGGCUUCAAUGCCAUGACGCAGCAUUGUGAUCUGGCAUGUGCACCAAGGACAAGGUUUAUCAUCAGCGAGAGAUGUGAGCCUAACCUUUCCAGCGACGACUACUACUUAAGCUACCAGACAGUGCAAUACGCGGAUGAACCUGAGCCCCGAGUUGAGUUCUUUAACUUGCAGUGCCUCCUGGGCUACAAGUACCAGGACUACACGAAAUGUGGUUGUCAGCCCUACAACGCCACGGAAAAACCAUGUGAGACAGUGACCGUUGUCCACUUGAAGUCCCAGGACGAUUCGUGGAGAUUGGCAAGAAACAACAACCCGCUCAUGGACUCCAGCGCCAUCACUGGCAACGGCACCAUCGUCAAUCCCAGUGAACGGUAUGGAAACGCUGCCUACUUUUCCGGCAGGCAGACGUUUUCUGCACACAAGGUCAUGGGCAACGACCUUGGCCUUUACUUUGAUCUGACGUUCGCCUUCCAAUCCUUUCAAUCUGAUAGGGCAAUCCCUGGGUUGACCUUCCCACCACGGGACGCCAUAGCCCAUCGUGACUACGCCCUCGCCGACAACAGUGCUUGCGACAUCAUGGCGACGUACGGCUGUAAACUACAAGGGGAAGGCUUCAACUUAGGUCGGGUCGUGUGUUACGUCGUUCCGGAAGGUGACUCUGGUACCUACAACACUACAGUGAUCAGCGAGCCAAUGGAUCUCACGAAAAUGACCCAAGUGUACUUCGCUAAGGAGGACGAAAGAGGGCUCAUGAGAAUCACGCAGGGUAGCUACAACAGAAUCACACCAAUCACAUUCCCUAAAGGUGUGCGUGCAGUCGGGAAUUCUUGCCCGCUGAGUAUUGGAGCCGGGACGAGGAAGCGAUAUUUCACUGGUUUUAUGGAUGAGCUGGUGAUUACCAAGUAUUGUGGUCCCUUCAUGUAGGGGAGUAGCUGAGGAGAUUUAGCCGGGACAAAGACAUACAAGAUGCCACACAGACAUCGAUACCUGGCUCACCUCGUAGACCUAGUCUUUAAUGUUUCAUGUUGUUAUAAAAUGGAACGAAUAAGACCUAAGUGAAGGCUUCGGUGAGGAUAUAUACCGGAUAUAUACCUACCCG